AUGUCUUUGUCAGAUUCUGUACAUGAAUUUAGGAAUAAGUUAAUUAAUAAGAAGUUGAAUUAUAAUAUACAAACUCUUAUUGAACCUACAAGAACUGUUAAAACUUUUCUUUAUAACAAUCUUUUAGCUAAAGUGCAUUUUACCAGAAAUAUUGCUUUAGCAGUUGCUUCUUCUGGAAUUGUUGCCUUACUACUAGAUGAAAACUAUAUAGCAUAUUCACAGUUUAAAAUUCCUAUUGAGUUAUAUGAAAAUUUAAUAUACAAUAUAUAUGUAAAUACUGAUUAUGCUAUGCUCUUAAAACAGGCAAUACUUUUUAUUUGGGAUAAGGCUCUUAUGAUGCAUUACUAUGCAUUUAAAACUCAGAUUCUUUCAGUAAUUCCAAAAGAUAAACAUAAAGAUAUUAGAAAUAUCUGUUUUUGUUAUUCAUAUUUAUAA